GGGACAUGGACCAAAUGCUGGCAAAUGGGAUAUGGGCCCAAUACUGGCAAAUGGGAUUCGAUCAGUUUAGAUAAGAUCUGGUUGACGUGAACCAGUGUACCAAAGGAGUUGUUUCAGUGCUGUAUAACUCCAUAAAUUACCUAUUUUCUGAAUCAUCAAUUUACGUGUAAAGACGUUGGGGCAUCGAGAGAAGGAGAGUUGGUAUGAACUAAUCAAAAUGGAGUUGGAGGACAAAGAAGGAAUUCUGCUCCUCUGAGGUGCGUUGUUCGCCCGUCACUACUUCUUUACCAAACAGUGAAAUCAAUCCUACAAUUUGAUGGUAAAACCUCUCACAAUAUUACAUUCUUACUUAAUACCAGAAUGUAAGAGAACAAAGACCGUGAGUAGGAUUCCGUUGAGACAUCAUACCAUUGAGAUUUUGAGUUCUGUAUUUUGCAUAAUAAAUGAUUACCAUUGAUCAAAUCACAAGACUUUCAAUACUGCAAAAUCACAAUUUUUUGGGUGUAUCAACGUUUGCUGGGGACGCGGGAAGGAGGAGGAUAUGGCAGAGGCGGCUCUGGUUGUUGGGGGAAGGUAAUGUGUGGGCACCGCCAGCACCGGAAGAGGCUGUUGUUUGUUAGGACUCCGGGCGAGGGAGUCGUGUUGAGAACGGGCAAUUGUAACGGGGAAACGAGAGAAAGACGGACAGCGGGCGAGUGUCUGAAGGAAAGGCCGAGACAGCAAAGGUCGAAGGGGUGAUGCUCCCCAGUAAGUACCGAGCUCGGCUGCUCGGCAACCCGAUAAAUACUUGCAGUCUUCAGUUAACCGUGCAAGCUUCGACAGUCGGGGACCGAUUAUCCCAGAAGCAGCAGGUUGACUGUAGAUUAAACAAGGAGCUACUCCCUGCACAUAAUAAGGUCUUAAAUAUAGAUGGUGACAAAAACUUUCUUUAUAAAUCAGACACAAUGUGCCAUGAUGAUCCAACUCACUACUACUCGGAGUCAAUGUCGCGGGUAUCAGCUGGAGAUGUAUCAUCGUAUGUUCCCCUUUCAGUAAAAUGCAAGUCACGACAGGGCUCUCGUAGUGCUGUCCCUUCCCCAUCUCACAGUCAAGGAACUUUGCCGUAUUUACCAGGUGAUCAUGUAAUUUUUUCUGAGACACCAUCAACUCCUGGAAUUCCUGUUGUGUACCGCACACCUGAGGAAAGGGCAGAACAUUCUGAUCGGCUAAAUUUAGAUAGGCGAAACCUAACAGUCUGUCCGAUUCUGGAAGGUGAGCAGCAACUUCGUUUGUUGAAUUUCCAGCACAAUCUCAUCACUCAAAUUCAACACCUCUCCAGUCUCCGACGCCUUAUUUUCUUGGACCUUUACAACAAUCGGAUUGAGGAAAUCUCUGGUCUUUCUUCUCUGAAGUCGCUUCGUGUCCUUAUGUUGGGCAAAAACAGAAUCAAGAACAUUUCUAAUCUGGAGAGUCUCACUGAUCUUGAUGUUUUGGACCUGCAUGCAAAUCAGAUCUGUAGGAUGGAAAAUAUCAAUCAUUUAACUGAACUUCGAGUGCUUAACCUUGCGGGUAAUUUCAUCGUUCAUGUUGAAAACAUGAGUGGUCUUGAUUCACUGACAGAACUAAAUCUCAGACGGAAUCGCAUUGAAUCUGUGAGAGAUGCAGACACAUUACCUAGACUCCAAAGAUUUUUCCUCAGCUUUAACAACAUUUCUAGGUUUGAAGACAUUGCUUGUCUGGCAGACUCUUUAUCACUCUCGGAGGUUACCCUGGAUGGCAAUCCCAUAGCUCAGGAGUCAUGGUACAAGCAUACAAUUCUUCGACACAUGCUGCAACUCCGACAGCUGGAUAUGAAAAAAAUCACAGAGGAAGAGAGGAGAAUGGCAUCAGUCAUGGCCAGAAAAGAAGAUGACAAAAAACGUGAAAUACACAAACAGGCAAUUCUGAAGGAGAAACGUCGUUUGGCUAUCAGUAAUGCUGCCAGACAGUGGGAGAUCCAGCAGACAGUUGCCGCCAUCAAGGACGCACAACAGGAACAAGUGAAAUCUCUGGGUAUUCAUAAACCAUAUCACAUCAAUGAACAUGAACAGGAGCUAUGGCCGAAUGAAUCAAGCCCGUUAAGUCCAAAGAACAAUAUUGAAAAGGAAGCAGUAGAGAGCAACAAACAAGACUUGUCAAAAUCUGAAAAGUCCAAUAACAUGAGGUCUCCUGACGAGAUACUGACUUGUACAGUGCAAGGUUUGUCCAUCGCAGACUCUCACCUGGCUGAACUGGAGGGGGAUACACUGCACUUGUACGGGUUUGGUGCACUGGAGUCUCUGGAUCGCAGCUGGGGUGUUCAGGCAGCUGGGACUGUCUCAACUGUCUCCUUCAUGUUCAUAGACUUUGAUGAGAUUGCAGCAGUGUUACCACGAUUAAGGAUUAAGUUUCCAAAUAUUUUGCACUUAAAGUUCCAAGAUACAAAUCUUCACAAGUUGCAGCAGUUUAAUGCUCUAGCACUGGGCCGCCGAUUAGACCAGCUCACUGUGAGUUCUCAGGGAAACCCAGUGGUGAACUUCAGCCUUUGGAAAUACUAUGUCCUCUUCAGGCUCAACCAUUUCUGUCUACAAAAAAUAAAUGAUAUGGAGGUAACUCCCAUGGAUAUAGUAAUGGGUGAGCGACUCUUUGGAAUUUUGGCACAUGUAGCUGCUUCAGACCUUCCCCAGCCUCGGUUGCUUUCAUUAUUAGGAGAAAUCAAGAAGAAACAGCUGCAAUUCAUACUAGAGGGAAAAGGAAAGAAAUCUGGGAUAACCCUGGAGGAAUCUAAGGAUAGCAUAAAGCUUGGAGGUGAGACAGUAGGCCGAGCAAUCAUGAAUUACCCUAAUAAAGACAUCAUCACUGAACAAUUCAAGGAAACAAAGGCAUUUUGCCAAGUAUAUGUGCAGGAACUGGUUAAAGAUGCUGCUCUUAUUGAUGUUAAAAACGAAUCUCUACAGAAACUCUGGCCUCAGAUAUUCAUUGAACUUGUCCGGGAUUGUGUAAUCCAGAUGAGCAAUAAAAACACACAUAUGAAACUAUGUCUGAAAAGCAUAAUGGACCAGAAAUGAAGAGCAAACGCAACCCCAUUUUAGCUCUAGUUCAGCAUCAUCCAUUCUCUGCCACAUGACCUGAUGCAGUAAAACCUGAAUCACAAAAUCUCCACUUGUAAAGAUUACUGGCUACAAAGUGUUGUUUCUUCAGGAUUUGUAUUUCAUUGGAACAAACGUUGUCAGAUCACAUACUUUAACAAAUUGGGAUUAAGUAACUAAAACAUGAGAUAAGAGUGCACAGGAGUGAAGGAAGCCAAAGCCAUUCUUCAACUAGUCUUCCACCUUCAGCUGCUGAUGUACUCUAAGAGCACUUCAGCAGGACACUGUUAUCCAGAAAUCAGGUUACAGUGGAAACUUCCAGUUUUAACUGCGGACUUUAUUCAUUUGUGGGACUAACUUUAAAGUUUGCUUCUAAUGUAAUGUUAAGAUGUGUUGCAACCUAGGAGUACCUGUAACCAGAGUUUGCAAGUUGUUUAUUCAGUCACCUUUCUCUCUUUGUUAACUGUGUAGACAUGUCAAAAUACACUGCACAUUGGGGAUCUCUGUCAUACAGUAGUGGUUUGUUAUUAGACCUUUCGUCCCACCAGUUUAAUUAUGUAUUGUCAUGAAUUCUGAGUGAGAUGUGGCUUAUUUUAUGGCUCUCUCACCUCCCAGUCAGAAAGUACUGAGUUCAUUCUAGAGACUUGAGCAUAAAAAUCAAGCUUGGCACCCCGGUGCCGUACUGACUGCUGCAUUGAAGAUGGGACAUUAAAACAAGGCUCUCUCUGCCUUCUCAAGGGAGCACAAAAAAUUCCAUGAAACUGUUUUAAGGAAGAGGAAGUUUGUUAUUGCUAGUGUCCUGGCCAGUAUUUGUUCUUUCAGACAAUAUCAGAAAAACAAAUAAUCUGGUCAUUAUCACAUUGUUGUUUCUGGGAGCUUUCUGUGCAUAAAUUAUCGUUGUCCUUCCUACUUUAAAACAGAUGUCAAAAAGUCUUUCAUUGACUAUACAAGGUUUUCAGAUGUGGUCUUGAAUGAUCCAAAUACAUGCAAAUCUUUGCUUUUUAUUCCUCUGGGGCAGGCUUUUAUCUGGUUUUUAACUGGAUUGUCAAUUUUCAGUAAACUCCUGUUGAAUAUGGGACUUAAAAACUGAACAGAAGUUUACUCAUCUAACUUUUUAAAGUUUUAAUAAAAUGUCUAAACCUGUCUCAAGGUCAUGUUUGUAUGACUGAACUUGUUCUGUGUUUAUGCAUUUGUGAUUGGUCUUGUUUUACAUAAACAGAAAUUCUUUGUGCACUGCUUUUCUUUAAAGUUCCCUCUACCACCUGAUUUUGGAAUAGGUACAAACUGGAAGUGUGAUUUCAUACACUAAUUGUGCUUCAUAUUCUUUAUAUUGUUUAUCUGUCAAUGUAAAGGAAGAUUUUAUAGCAUGAUGCUCGCUAAAUCCACUUCACCGAACUAAAGGAGGCUUGACGUUGGACUUUGUGUAUUUAAGCAGACUAUUGCAGGAAAUCUAGCAAGUUGUACACAUUGCUGAGAUAAUAUUUAAUAUUUUAACACAGCCGUACUAACAUCAGGAGACUUUCUGUAUCUCAAUCCUGUUCCACCAUUCAGUUUGGUCGUAGUGGAUCUGUGCCUCAUUUAAUUGCAAAUGCUUGAUACCCUAACUCAACCACAAUAUAUCAAUCUUGUCAAAAGCCAGGUUUUAUUUGAUACCUGUGCUGCUAUCUGACACGACUAUGUUAAAAUUUAAAAUUAUCCAAUAAUGUGCAAAUUACAUAGUCAAUUUAUGACUAAUGUUUCAAUGUCAAAACUGUUUAUUGUGUCAUUAAACCACGCAUUUGUGCACGUUACUUAUGAUAUUUUCAGUUAAAAUAAAACUAAGAUGUGUCUCUUUUCAGCAUCUUAGUCGGAGACUGACAUAUGUUGCCUAUAAUUUGUGGUUCGCUAAAUGGGACUUAGUUGUCCACGUGAUAUGAAUGUGGUUGUGCACUAAUGAGAUUACUGUCUGCGGUGCAAAGCCACAGAAUUAACUAGAAUGAAAUGGGAUUCUAGUUUGUAGUUUAGUAAGAUGUCUGUCAUUAUAGUAAUUAUUAGAAUAAUUAAAAGUUGCGCAACUGAUACCAUUCUGAUUUUGAUUAUAAAAUACUGACAAACAAUCCAAGUUUUAUAUCAGUACCUGUUAAUGGAGAGGCUGUUUCAUUAAUGUAAUUGACUGGUAAUGAUUUUCCUAAGUACCUAUUUGCUUGCUCAUUAUUUUAUUUCUUAACCUUUCUUUCUUCUUCAGUGCUGAUUCCAAAAUAAGAUGAUUAAAGUUCAUUUCAAAUUGA